UAACAAGCAAAGACACCAUUUAUUAAGCUAUGGACAACUCCAGAAAUGGCUUUUCUCAUGUUCCAAAUCAAUCUAAUAGAUAUGACUCGGAUACAAGAUCAUCAGGUUGGCGAAGAAGGCCUGCUUUCUCUUUACAGAACCCUUGGUUCAGGACUGGUUCGAUAGUUAAUAGGCGAUUUCUCGAUGAUUCUCCAUCUGCUUACUCAUCAACUGUAGAUUCAAUACCUGCACCGUCACCUACUACUCCACAUCAGGUUCCAAUCCGAACCAGCAGCAACGUUCGGAGGCAGCACCUAGAGGCACUAAGGCAAGCCGUACACAACCGACAUGAUAAUACUAGACACGAGAGAAACUCAAGAUCAGCAGCAGCACCACCACAAGCCAAAGAAGAAGAAGAUGUCUUGAAGUAUCUAACAAAAGAGACAUACAACCCUGUCCGAAAAAGCCAGCUUCUCAGAAACCUUAGCUUAUACUACAAAAACAAGAACUCGGGCCUAGAAAGCUCAAGAAACCCUCAAGGUUACUCAGGAGGAGAAGACGGGAAGAGAUGCGCAGUGUGUUUAGAAGACUUCGAGGCCAAGGAAACAGUGAUGCUCACUCCAUGCAAACAUAUGUUCCAUGAGGAAUGUAUAGUUCCGUGGUUAAAGACCAAAGGACAGUGUCCUGUCUGUAGAUUCGUCAUUCUCAAGCCGACAAGACAAGAAUCUUCUCCAGGUAUUAGUAGCCCUGAUCUCGCCGGAGAGAUGACAGUGAACGAUCUUUUCACAUUACAGCUUAUCUCUAUGGUACAAGCGAUGGAAGAAACUUUCCUCUUUGGGUAUCAUCAUCGCCAUUAGAAUAUCAUAACUUUGACAUAUCUUUGUUGUACCCCCUCUUUUUAUUAAGAAAACACUUUAUAAUAUAAUAAUAAAUACAUUAUAUAUAAUUAUUUUUAA